CUCUCUCUCCCUCCCUUUGGACUCGGGCAGCGUGCGCGCCCCGCCCAACCUGUACCCCGUGCUCUCUCUAUAUAUAGAUCGAGCCCGGCAGAGCCAAGCGGGCAGAGGCAGAGGCGGUUUGGGAGCUAAGUGAGAGCUAGGGAAGGGAAACUGAGCAGACAGACAAAUUGAUCGGAUUGCCAGCGGUCCGAGCCACGCUCUUCAUCCCCCUCGGUUUGUCCAGCAAAGAGAAAAAAGAAAGAGCAUCGCUGCAUCGCCUCUUGUCUUGUCAUCCUGCGGGCGGGAGAGGGUGGUUCUUUCUCUCUCUCUCUCUCUCUUUUUUUUUUGGCGGGGCGGCUCUUGUUGGCCGGCUCUUUUGCGUCUCUCUUUUGCAUCAUGAAAGCGGUGAGUCCCGUCCGACACCCCAGCAGGAAAGCCCCGACGAGCGGCUGCUGUUGCGGCGACGGAGGAGGUGGCGGCGGUGGCGGCGGCGAGCUGGCUCUGCGCUGCCUGGCCGAGCACGGCUGCUACAAGGGGAGCCCCGCGCUGGGCGAGGAGGAGCCCCCCUCCGCCGCCGCCGCCUCCUCUCUGUGCCUUCAGUGCGACAUGAAUGACUGUUACAGCCGCCUUCGGAAGCUGGUGCCCACCAUUCCGCCCAACAAGCGGGUCAGCAAAGUGGAGAUCCUGCAGCAUGUGAUCGACUACAUCCUGGAUCUGCAGCUGGCCUUGGAGACCCACCCGGCUUUGCUCCGGCCGUCGCCGCCCCCGCCGCCCCCGCCCCCGUUGCACCCGGCAAGUUACCCGGGGGGGACUCCCCGGACCCCGCUCACAACCCUCAACGCCGACCCGGCGGGUGCUGUUAAUAAGCAAGGAGAUAGUAUUUUGUGCCGCUGAACUGCACUUCCAAGGUGUGCAGCAAGCAGAUCCUGAGCCACAGAAGCAGAAAGACACAUUAGAGGAGGGAAGGGGAAAACAAGAGAGAUGAAAAACAAAACAAAACAAAACAAAAAAAAUCAGCCACUGGGCUAAAGAAAAAAGAAACCUCAACUACUCCAGAAUUCUUUCCAUACUUCCUUUAGAGUGAGAGAAAGAGGGUGGGGGGAAUCACAACUUUGUAGUUCAUAGCAUUUUUCACAUGACUCUUAAAACUUUUUUUUUAGAUCAGAUGUGAAUUGUGUACAUGUCUAGGAGGGAGGGGGCUUUUAAAUCUUCAGUAUUGUGUGGUUUUCUGUUGGAUUGAAGAUCAAGGGCAAAAACUGGAGUUUAGAAAUAUAAUUUUAAUGCGUCGAGCAGUUAAAAUCUGAAGCUUUACUAAUCUACCGGAGGCGUUGUAGAUAACUUUUGUUUCGGCAUCUAUUGUUUAAAAUAGAUGGUUUUAUUGUUUCCUUGGGGAUUUUCUUCUCCCUGCAGGAAUGUUACAUAUUGUAUAGAUUAAAAUGAGUGACAUUUCAUACUAUGUAUAUAGAGAGAGCUUCUAUAAGUGUAAGUGAGAAAAGUUUAUGCUUUAAUAGACCGACUGUAAUUAUGAAAUAUUUUUAAUUAAAUAUUUUUUGUAAAUAUUAUCAAGAUGUGUAUGUUUUUUUAAAAAAUAUGUGAGAACGUUUCUUUAGGAAAACAAUAUUUCUGGCUCAAGUGCAGAACUGCUGACAAAGACAAUAUAUUGGAUGUUGCCCCCAAUCCCCCCCUCCCCCCUCCGUCCCCUGUAGACUCUGAAUCUAUAGGUGUAGGUAGCUUGGUCCUGCAUGAAUGCAUGAGCUGUCUAACCACAAAUAAAAUGUGUUCUGAAACCAUACAGAUGUGCUUUUCUUCAAUCCAAUUAAGAGGUGUUUGUAUCAUACAGUUUUGAAACUUGCAUUUUGUCUGUUUGGCACUGAGGUUGAUAUGGCAGUGUACGAGGAGAAGUUAUCAAUAUUUAGGAAUGGGUUCUUUUUACCCAAGACAGCUUGGCUUUUUUUUCAGUCUGGAUAUGGUGCUGAGGUAUAUUCAGCAUUUAUUUAACCUUUUGUUGUCACAGACAUUUUUAAUACCAAGUGGGGUGAUGUUACCCCAUCAUUUUAAGCCCUGUGGCAUUUUACUUGGAGAGAGAGUUUUGAAAAGUUUUCUGCUUCUGACCAAAAGGGCACAUGCUGUCAACAAUUGUAAAGUUGCUGUUUCUUUCAUCCAAAGACUAGAAACGUGGAGAGUAGGAUGGGUAAUAGGGAAAAAAAAAUCAGUUUUAAUUACUGGUAUAAAUCAAUUUCAAAGAACUUAUGUAGACCAAAAAAAAUCACAACCAGAUGACUGUAUUAAGAUUAUUUUUUUAAUAUAUAGCAGCAUUAAUUUUAUUGCAGCUCUGUUAACAUCUGAAAUUCCUGUUUAGUGUCUGUUAUGUGUAACUUCUACAUAUAAACAUUAAACUAGAUUGAUUGUG